AAAAAAAAAAAUAUAUAUAUAUAAUUCAGCAAUGUAAAUAACAUGAAUGUUUUGGGUAGGGCACAAGUGGACCACAUUUCCCAUGUUGCCUUUCGGUCGUGACGAACAGACCGGGAGGAGCUGUCGUUUUUUUACUCUCCAUAUUUUUUAUUUACCAUAUUUAUUUAUUUAUUUGAUCGUCGGGAGCAGGCUCGGAGUGUGGUGGCGUCGGGGUGACGAGCUGCUCUGGACUGGGACAGAUAUUAAUAUAAUACUCCUGCACGCGCAGCGGAGCAGCACAAUAGAGAGAGCGAACAAAGACGCGCUCGUCCGCCUGCGCUGUUUCUCUUUCAGUUCAGCCGAGCGCUGGGAGACUGGCCUGCGCUCACAGGUGAGGAUCUCUGGCCGUGUGGAGCAUCAGAGGGGCUGAGGGAUCGUGAUCUCUGAGUCUGGGCUUUAAUCGAGACUCUCAUGUAAAGCUGCGAUACAACAGGAACAAGGAAGCUGUCUCAUUGUGUGCAUCUGUCGCGAGAACACAUCAGUCUGAUGCUCGAUCCAGCAGCAUGCGCCUCCACUCGAGCAGCUGAAUGCGGAGGGGAUGUCUGGCAGUAAGGCUCUGGGGGGUGCGCGGCGGCGGCGGACACGGUGCCGGCGCUGUCAGGCCUGUCUGCGGACCGAGUGUGGAGAGUGUCACUUCUGUAAGGACAUGAAGAAGUUCGGCGGGCCGGGCCGGAUGAAGCAGUCCUGUCUGCUCCGCCAGUGCACUGCGCCCGUGUUACCGCACACAGCCGUGUGUUUCGCGUGUGGUGAAGCAGGGAAGGAGGACACGGUGGAGUCGGAGGAGGAGAAGUUCAGCCUCUCGCUCAUGGAGUGCACCAUCUGUAACGAGAUCAUCCACCCCAGCUGUCUGAAGAUGGCCAAGUCUGAAGGCAUUAUUAAUGAUGAGAUCCCAAACUGCUGGGAAUGUCCAAAGUGCCACAAGGAAGGAAAGACCAGUAAGGAUCCAGGAGAUGGUUCAGGGAAGAGGCGCAUGGACAAUGGGGAGGUGAGCCGCUGGAAGCUGACGGAUGAGCCUCCACCCAGUAAGAAGAAGAGCAUGUCCCUGGACGACUCGGCCCGGCCGGACGGAGCCAAGCGCAGGAAGGACAAGGAGCUUCCUCAGGAGAGCGGCUCCAGAAAGAAGAUCAAAGGUGCCCGUGAUAAACACCUGAAAAAGAAAGCCAAACCCAACUCCUCAGAUUCUUCUGAAGCGAACGGGCCCAACUCUUCGCUGGCUGGUGGACACAGCUCUGCUGGAGGCUCUGGUGCGGCGCAGCCCUCGGCCCCGAGCCAGGACCAGCGCUCGCAUCAACGUGAGAAGCUCGAGCGCUUCAAACGCAUGUGUCAGCUACUGGAGCGAGUGCGCGACUCCAGCUCCUCGUCCUCCUCCAGCUCAGAAAGCGACUCAGAAUCGGAUUCAGACUCGCCAUCUCCUGUCGCCGCCUCAGAAGCUUCCUCUCCAGCAGCUGGAUACGGCAACAGCAACAUCCGCGAGCGAGAGCGAAGCCGCCGUCUGGCAGAGCUGGGCUUCAGUGCCAGUGAGGAUUCUGAUGGCGAGAGCGUAGCAGCAGACCAUGAGCAGGACAGCGUGGACGAGCCGCAGCCACAGCGCCGCAGAGGAGACGUGAGUAGCAGGCUGCGCAGAGCGGUCUUGGACACUGAAGCAGAUGAGGAUGAGGACAGGGCAGGGGAUCGGGGUCAGCCGUCCUCACCGCUGUCAGCUACUCAGCUGCCACCCUUCGGACAUGGACAUUUGGCGGGACCCGAAGGCCUGUCCUCAUCCAAGCGCACUAACGGACAGGACACACGCAACGGCCGCACACGGGUGGCUGGCAGAGAGAUGCAAGAGAAGGAGAACUCCAACAGCAGUACUGUAACCAAUCACCGGCACACCCCCGGAAAGGCUGUCCGUGGGAGCAAAAUCCGAGGAGGAAGCCGGCAGAACAUUUCCUCAAAUAAGAGCACAGGUACAGCAGCAGCUGGCUCUGGUACUGCGAACGGCAACACUGCCACCUGUAACCCGGUCAGCAUCUCUCUGGCUCCACAUCGCUCGCAGCAGUCGCGCUCACAACUGGUGAAGAGGAGUGCUGUGGCUGUGCCCUCGUCGCCGCGGCCCCUGCAGAUGGAGCGGCACCUUGUGCGACCGCCGCCGGCCUGUCCCGAGCCACACUGCCUGCCGCUGGACAGCGGCGCGUCUCACGUGCUGCCGAGGGAGGUCUGGCUCCGUGUCUUCCAGCAUCUCAGUCAGCGGCAGCUGUGUGUCUGCAUGCGUGUGUGCCGCACCUGGAGCCGUUGGUGCUGUGAUCACAGGUUAUGGACUCAGAUCGAUCUGAGCCACCAGCGCUCCAUCACUCCUCCCAUGCUGAGCAGUAUAAUCCGUCGACAGCCCGUGUCUCUCAACCUGGGCUACACCAACAUCUCCAAGAAACAGCUCAUGUGGCUCAUUAACCGUCUGCAAGGGCUGCUGGAGCUGAACGUGGCGGGCUGCUCGUGGGCCUCGGUCUCGGCGCUCUGUCAGUCUGUGUGUCCCUGUCUGCGGCUGCUGGACCUCAGCUGGGUGGAGGAUCUGAAGGACUCACAUCUGAGAGAGCUGCUGGCCCCGCCGACCAACGACACACGCUCAGCUCACGGAGAGAACCGCGGCGGACGCUUCCAGAACGUGACAGAGCUGCGUCUGGUGGGCCUGGAGGUGACGGACGCCGUGUCUCGUCUGCUAGUGCGCUAUCUUCCUCACCUGAGCAAGCUGGACCUCAGCCAGUGCUGCCACAUCACAGACCAGAGCAUCCACACGCUGACCUCUGCCCUGUCCCCGCUGCGAGAGAGCCUCACACACGUCAGCCUGGCAGGCUGUGUGAAGGUGACGGAGCAGUGUCUUCCUCUGUUGCGUCGCUGUACUUCGCUGCAGACGGUGGACCUGCGCUCCUGCAGUCUCCUCGCUCCAGACGUCUGUCAGCUGCACUGCUUCCCCUCGGCCCCAGACAGACUCCUGCUCAAGAACAGCUAGACCCCUGCCACCAUCAACACUACCACAACACAGAGUCAGAGGAAAGAACAUUGUACAUCAGAGACUCUUUGCUGUUUUUUUGUUCUCUCUUUAUUUCUGGAUCAACCGUUUGUGAAUGGAGACAUCAAUUCCACAUAGAUAUUCCCUACCAGUAAUGAGUGUGUGUACAGAUUAGUAGUUGACUGUAAAUGACCCCUGACCCCAGCUCAGCUCUGUGCCUGCUGGGAACACUGACUCUAUCUCAAACACAGUCAUGUCAGUCAGGAGAGUUUGGGACCAUUGAGAGUUGUUCUGCAUUAUGACUGUAUGAUGUCAUUCCCCGUCAGCACAUUUAACCCCAGGUCCCUAUCAAUCUCCAACAUUUCACAUUAGAUUUGAGUCCUCUCUGACUGUCACGAGGUUCGGAGUCAGGAGGAAAAGUGCUUGAAAAUCUUUCUGGUCCUAAAAUCAGGCUUGACUUUGAUUUUGGGGCGAGGUGUCCCAGACGUGUUUUGCGUGCUCCUUGAGACUCGCUGACCGUGGAGGAUCAGUUUUCGGGGUGUGAACAGUGUUUAGGGUUGGGUGAUGCCCUUCUCUUCACCGUCCUCUGUCCUUGCCCUCUUCAUUGCUACGCUUCACGCUAGGCUUGAGAAGCUGCUCUGAGUCUGGCUGUAGAUUCCUGCAGGGCUGGGAAGGUUUCACAGAGCUACGCUAACGCUAGUCACAUAUCACUUGGAUUGGUUUGCUGUCGUUCGGUCAGAUCGUUAAAGCUGCUCACCUUUAAACCCAGCAUGGUCCGAGCUCAGAUAUGGAGAAAAGUCUCUCGGUUAGAAAACAGUGAAGAAAAAUGCUUUGUGGCCAAUUAAUUGAAAAGGUAUUAGAGAAUGAAAGAGGUGGUCUUUAAAUCCAUAUUCGGUGUUCUCACUCAAAAGACUACCCACACAUACUCUGCACACGCAUUCUUCCAUCUGAGCCGCUUCUCACCUGCCCUUCUGGUUCUCGGAGCAGGAAGGGUCUCGUGGGAAGCCCCUCACAUGUUCUGGACUGAUGUCACCAUCAUCAGUUGCAUCUUCUCUGUUGAACUAAUGAACGAGCCCUUACCAGGGAACCUCCAAAACAAUCUUUCAGCUGCUUCCUCCCAGAAUACGAUGCAUGUCGACACCUUUCACUGACUGUAUUCCUUGCACACUUUUAUUCAGUAUUGGGUCCAAUACUUGGCAGUUUAAAGUGUUUGAUGGCAGUACACAAACGGCGUCCCCUAAAAAUGACCAUGACAAUGUAGAUGCUACGUUUUCUGUUGUUGUUGUUCAGUGCAGUUUGCAUUUUAAAGACAUUCUUGCACAUUGGGAUAUACCUGUGUGCGGUUUAUAGUUACAUAUCGAACAGAGUUGGUGAUCAUCAGUUGGCAGUUUUUCUGGAUUUGGCAUGAAGAAAUCAAGUUGGAGAACUUGACGUCAAUACGGUUCAUCUUCCAUCCGACCAUGUUUUUUGCAGGUUCAUAGCCCACCAAACUGAAUUGCCAUGUAUGAACCAAACAUUCACCCUGUUGAAUGCACAGGGCUGAAACCAUGUUAUUGUAAUAUCUUGCCAAAAUUUCCUGUUUUGGGUGUUCAUAUAUAAAUAUAUAUAUUUCUUCCUUUGCAUUGAUCCAUGUGAUAGAAUAUGUGAAACAAUAGGGAAAAAGAAAAACAAGGCAGCUACUGUACUGUAAGAGUGACUACUGUAAAAUGUCUUAUUAAAUAAAGACAAUGGGGGUUGUUUUUAUGUA